UUUCUUCGCUCCAUGCGCCUUUCAUCUCUUUCUAUUUCUAAAGAAAACAGACUGAAGAAAGAAAGUGCAGAGACUGCAAUAAAUACCCAAAAAGGCCAAAAAAAAGAGAAGGAUAUAUAUGUAAAUAAAAUUGUACGGACGUAUAUAGAUAUAUAUUAAUACUUAUAACAAAAAUGAUAAUCUGUUGAUAAUGUUUUGUUAUCACAUUGAAAUUCCAAAGAAAUCCAAUUGGAGAAGAGCUUUACGACAAAAUAAAAAUCAUUACUUUAAAUAAUUAAUAUUAUUAUAUUCGGCUUUGUUUGGAGUUGUGUCUGGUAUCUUCUUGGGUUUAUUGCGGAAAAGAUCAACAUUUUCUUCUCUGAAGAAUUUUCAACACUGCCACUUGACACUGUUCUAGUGGUCAGAAGGAAACAGGUGUUACUUCUGUUCCAAAAUGCUGACAAGCUGGAGGUGUUGGUUCUGAAUACUGCCUGGAUAUUGCUUCUUGGUGAAUAGAAUUUAGAUCUUUCUCUGUCAAGGUGCCUGGGGAGGCUCAGCAGGAUAUCUGGGUAUGGUGACUUCAAGCCGUAUUAGUUCACUUUGGUGAAUUUGUUGAGCUGUUGUGGUCUUAUUUCAAGGAAAAUGGUGCCGUCUGGGCCACCAACUCCUAUUGGUGGUGCUCAAUCUGUUUCUCCAGCACUUAUGCGAUCGAAUUCUGCCAUUUUGGGGUCUCAAGGUGGUUCAAUGCCUCAGCAAGCAACAUUUUCUUCACUUGUUUCACCAAGGGCACAGUAUAACAUGAAUUUGCUAGGAAGCACUGCAAACAUUUCAUCACUUCUCAAUCAGACUUUUGGCAAUGGGGGUUUGAACUCUGGCCUAUCUGGUGUGAGUGGUUUCCAACGGGGAGGCUUUGAUGCCGCAGCUGACUCUGAUGCGCUUACUGCUGUAGCAAAUGAGAUUGGUUUUAAUAUACCUCCUUCUUUCACACCAUCAAAUGUUGCAAACUCUGGGUCAUCAGCCCAACUUCAGAAUCAACAAAUUUCAAACUCUUCUGGAAACCCUGCACUGUUAGAUCAACAGCAAUCUCAAGUUCAGCAAUUUGAGCCACAAAAGUUUCAGCAUAAUCAGCAGCCAAUGCAACAGUUCCCUCUUUCUCACAGCCAAUCACAGCAUCAACAGCAGCAGUUUCAAUCAAUCCGAGGAGGGUUAGGGGGCCCUGGUGCAGUCAAGUUGGAGCCUCAGACUAUGAAUGAUCAGGUUGGUCCCCAGCAACAGUUGCAGUCAUUCCGAAAUCAUGGACCAGUGAAGCUAGAGCCUCAACAGAACCAAAUUGGAAGAGGCAUAGCACCUGUGAAAUUGGAGCGUCAACAGUCUGAUCAAGCAAUGCUUUUGCAGCAGCAGCAGCAACAGCAGCAGCAGCAGUUCCUUCAGUUGUCCAGGCAGUCUUCUCAAGCUGCUAUUGCGCAGAUGAAUCUUUUGCAACAACAGCGUUUAUUGCAGAUGCAACAACAGCAACAACUGUUGAAAUCACUUCCUCAGCAAAGGCCUCAACUACAGACUCAAUUUCAGCAGCAGAACUUGCCUAUUAGAUCUGCUGUUAGACCAGUUUAUGAACCAGGAACUUGCGCUCGGCGUUUGACCCAGUACAUAUAUCAGCAACAGCAACAGCGCAGACCUAAUGAUAACAAUAUUGAAUUCUGGCGGAAAUUUGUUGCGGAGUUUUUUGCUCCUAAUGCAAAGAAAAGGUGGUGUGUUUCGUUGUAUGGAAAUAGUCGCCAAACUAAUGGUGUUUUUCCUCAGGACUUAUGGCACUGUGAAAUAUGCAACCGCAAGCCUGGUCGUGGUUUUGAGACAACUGUUGAGGUUCUGCCCAGGCUAUUUAAAAUCAAAUAUGACAGUGGCACUUUGGAGGAGCUUCUUUAUGUUGAUAUGCCACGUGAAUAUCAUAAUGCGAAUGGUCAAAUUGUCCUUGACUAUGCAAAAGCAAUACAAGAGAGUGUCUUUGAGCAUCUUCGUGUAGUACGGGAUGGUCAACUUCGUAUUGUGUUCUCUCCAGAUCUAAAGAUUUGCUCUUGGGAGUUUUGUGCACGACGUCACGAGGAGCUUAUUCCUCGAAGGUUGAUCAUACCUCAGGUAAGUCAACUUGGAGCUGCUGCACAGAAGUAUCAAGCAUCGGCACAGAAUGCAUCAUCCAACUUAUCUGCAGUGGACUUACAGAAUAACUGUAAUAUGUUUGUUGCAUCUGCUCGUCAAUUAGCAAAAGCCUUGGAUGUUCCUUUAGUUAAUGAUUUAGGAUAUACAAAGAGAUAUGUCCGGUGCCUUCAGAUAUCAGAGGUUGUUAAUAGUAUGAAGGAUUUGAUCGAUUAUAGCCGAGAGACAGGAAUGGGACCCAUGGAAAGUCUGGCCAAGUUCCCACGAAGGAGUGCUCCAUCAUCUGCACAGCAUAAUUCAGCUCAGCAGCCUGAGGAGCAGCAGCAAAUUACUGGAGACAAUGCAAAUAAUGAUCCUCAUUCAAUACAAUCAAGUGUUCUGCAGCCUUCUACAAGCAAUGGUGUUGCCCGUAUAAACAACUCCCAGGGUGCAACAUCCACUUCUACAUCUGCUACCACCAUUGUUGGGGUUCUUCAUCAGAAUUCCAUGAAUUCUAGGAUUGAGAACCAGAUGAACAAUCCAAACAGUCCCUAUGCUGGAACCCCAGUUCAGAUCCCAUCUGCAGGGUCCUCUACUACUUUGCCACCUGCUCAACCAAAUCCCUCUUCACCCUUCUCAUCUCCGACGCCGUCCUCUUCUAAUCUCCCUCAAAGUUCUAAUACAUUGGCUCCUUCAAUUACUGCAAACCAUGUUAAUUCAGCAAAUUCAUCUGCACAAAUUCCACCGCAGCAGUCAUCUCAGUCAAGUGAGGUUGACCCAAAUGAAUCCCAGAGCUCUGUUGAAAAAAUCAUUCCAGAAAUAAUGAUUCCAUCACAGUUCAGUGAAGCAGGUAACAUGGUCAGUGUUGGCUCUGUAAGGAAUAACUUGAAGAACGAUAAUGGGCCUCCCCAGGUUAGUGGUAGCUGCUUGAUGGGGAAUGGGUUCAUUAAUAACGGUUCAGGCAUUGGGGGUGGAGGAUUCGGCAACUUGAGUGGUGGUAUGCGUCUUUCUCCAAACCCAACUGCUAUGAGAUCUGCCAUGGGGAAUAACUCCAUGAAUUUCAGUGGAAGGGUGAGCAUGCCAUUGAUGCCUCAAGAUGCUGUGAGCCAUCAUCAGCAACAAGAAUUAGCUAACCGAUUACUUAAUGGGCUUGGAGCAGUAAAUGGCUUUAAUAAUCUUCAAUUUGAUUGGAAAUCCCCUUAAAACUGGCUUUGUUGAUUACUCUUUAUGAAUUUGCUGAGGUUUGUGGGUGGUAAUACAGAGUGCUUGUGCGAUGCAUCCUGGUUUGACUUUUGAGUUUGGAGUGGUGAUGCAUAGUUAGGAGGAUUUCUUCAACCUGGUACUGAUUAUAGGGAAGGAUAUGAUUACAUUUAACUCAGCCGUGGCAGUUGAAUAGUUAAUUGUUCAAAUCUUCUUUGAUUCCCCUCCCCGCUUCUGUCUUAAGAGUGUGGUUGUAGGGUUCCCUGUCGAUGUCCGUGUAAUGUAUAUGGUUCUCAUGUUAUACCGUAUCUUCUUUCUGUAUAACAGGUGCCAAAAGGGAACUCUGGCUUGAGGCUUUCUUAAGUAUAGCUUCCCAACAUUGUUCUCUUUUUGAUGAAAUUUUGUAUACAUAUAUUGAAUAUAUGCAGCCAAGACGAAGAAAAAAAAAAACAGUAGUAAUGCAGUUAUAUGUAAUGGAUAAAUUCUGAACAGCUUGUUUGAAUGA